UUGCCCCUCAGGGCUCCAUAUUGUUUUAUUGUUUUUUUUCACAGCCUUCCUGAGCACAAUGAUGCAGUGUUACUGCUUUAGUUUCAAAGCGUCCCUGAAUAAAAACACAGGCUGGAUCAGGCGCUGGGUUUAUCAAAAGAUUUAUUGAGAAGAAGUCCCAUUGACUGUCAGGCACAUGGAAAACCACGGAUCACUAUACUGAUUGAUGUAUAAUUGCCGUCUGGAUGGGGCUGUAGGGGAGAGAGGUGUUCCAAGCCACUGGAAUUUCAACAUCACUUCAGUUUUUAGGAAAUAUUUAUAAUCCUGCAUCUUGAAGAUUUAUGAUACUCCACAGAAUUUGAUUCAGGUUCCAGGCCACCACAUUCUGGUCCAGUCUGGUUGUAACGGUUGGCUAUCUGGGGUGCCAGAUGAGGCAUGAAGGUCUGGAUCUUUUAGAUUUGGUAAGAAGCCAAGUACUGUACCAAAAAGCAAAAUGCUCUGCAAAAAUAGCUAUCUGCAGCCAACACUUUCAUGAACAGUGUUGCCCGGGCUAUCUGUAGAUGUGGAUCGUGCACUGAGUCAAAUGAACAUUAGUCAUGCAUCACCUGUUCAGUCUGGUUCUUGGACAGAGAGAUCUAUCGCGUGCCGGGGACCUUUUCUCUCUGAAAGAUGCUGAGAUAGAAGACAGCUUAUCAGAAGCACUGGAAGAAAUUAAAACAAUAUCUUCCUCAGCAGAUUACCUAACCAAUGAUAACAAUCAGGCGGUGGUGGAGAUUUGUAUCACCCGCAUCACUACAGCUAUCCGGGAGACUCGCUCCAUAGAGAAACACAGGCUGGCUCUGGUCUCACUGUGGGAAUCGUGUCUGGAGUACAAUCUGAUACCAGAAGGCAAGGAUGAAGACACACCGCACGCAAAAAUUGCUUCUGACAUCAUGAGCUGCAUCCUACAGAAUUACAAGAAGCCUCCAGUCAUGGCUCUAGCGGUGCCAGUGGCGGUGAAAUUUCUGUGUCAUGGAAACAAGGAGCUGUGCAGAAACAUGUCCAGCUAUCUCUCACUGGCUGCCAUUGCGAAGGCAGACUUACUGGCAGACCACACAGAAGCCAUCACCAAGAGCAUUCUCCAAGGUAACUAUAUGCUGCUGCGGGUUCUGCCCUCCGUGUAUGAGAAACAGCCGCAGUCCAUAAACACUCACGUACCCGAGCUGGUGGAACUGAUGUCCCGGCUGGAGCAACCGGAACAGCAACACCUUCUCGGACUGCUACAAAUGGUUGCCAAGCAACACCCUCCGGUAACUACCCCUGGAAAAGUGUUGAACAAGUCUCUUUCUUCAUUAAUAAGCUACCUUCACCAUCCCAACCAGAAUGAUUCUAUCCUUAAUAUCCUGGUGGAAGUGUCUCGCUCCCACCCUGCAGCUAUCGCCUCUUUUCUUCCGAACCUGAAGGCGGUUGGAGAGGAUUUUCCCAACCUGCUUGGGAAAAUAGCAAAGAUCUACGGUGCUGUGGGACACGGCGAUGAGGAGAGAGCCAGGAGUUGUCUUGUGUACCUGGUGACUCUGUUGGCAAGCAUGGAGCACACCUUCCACCACACCCUUCUCCUGGAAAUCAGGGACAUCACUGAUACCUUCAGCAGCAUCCUGGGAGCUUACAGCAAGGAUAUCUAUCGUAUGAGCAACAGCUUCACUGCCAUGGCCAAGCUCCUGGUGAAGAAACUGGAAUCAGACAACAUACCCACUGAGAGGACAGACAAUGAAACUGAAGAAGCACCAAAGUCUUGUGACUUGGUGUCCGAUAUCAGCGACGGUGAUGAAAACGAGAGGCUGCAAGUAAAAAUCCAGGCUUUCGAAGAAACAUUGGCUAGUGAGAACAAGACCCCCGGACUGAUCCGCAGAUACAGUCAGGGACACGCCUCCAAGAAAGAAAGGGAAGAAAUGAGGUUCAACAGGCCAAAAAGCCUUGCUCUGCACGCAGUGCACACACAGUCUGUGAACUCGGAGAAUGGUCACGAACGGGAGUGUGGAGAAAUGCCCCCUGGCAUCAGUUUGUCAGAAAGGUCACUUAGCCAAGAAAGCUGUAGCCUGCCUUUAGGUUCAGAUCAAGAUGUAAGUACCACAGACGCUCCCUCGAGUCCUUACUCCUGUGCUGCUUCUAUUGUGGCAAGCAAUUCAGCAGAAACCUACAAAGACUGCGUUACGGACACUGAGAAAUGCACCGGGGAACUCCAGGAUCAGCUGUUCCUGCACCUCAAGGAAAACCUCUCUACAAUCCAGACAUAUUAUGCUGAGAUGGUUAAAAGAAUCCCUGUUCCGGAACAGUGUUUAGUUGAAGAUUCCUUUCAAAGUUGUGUUGCAAAGUUGUUCUUCACUUGCUCAAUGAAAGGAUACUACUGCCUGUACAGUAAAUCAAGUUUCACCCUCAACAGUAGGCAGCCUCAAGUUUGGAUCCAAAUCAUGCUCCUGUUUCAGCAGGGCCUAUCUUCUGAGCCUUUAUCUUCAGAGGACAAGUCAGUGCAACUUCUUAAAUCAAUGUGGAAAAAGACACAGCUGAAGGGAAGACACAGCUUUGAAACAGCAAUAAUACAAUCUACUUUUCCCCAGAAAAAGGAUCUGGACAGUGUGCGGAAGCACUUGAAAGAGGGUCGUUUCUUCGAUCUUUUUGGCUACAGUGAGGAAACAGGGGGUUGGCUGUGUUUCAUGUGCAACAAUCCUGAAAAGGCAACAGUCGUAAAUCUAGAUUGCCAACCACUCAUUGAAGGCAAGCUUAAGGAGAAGCAAGUUAGAUGGAAGUUCAUCAAAAGAUGGAAAACACGGUACUUUACAUUGGCCGGCAACCAGCUUCUCUUCCGCAAAGGAAAAUCAAAAGAUGACCUUGACGACAGUCCCAUUGAGCUCAGCAAGGUGCAGAGUGUCAAGGUUGUUGCUAGGAAACGCAGAGACCGGAGUCUUCCCCGGGCAUUUGAGAUCUUCACAGAUAACAAGACCUACGUCCUGAAAGCUAAGGAUGAGAAGAAUGCAGAGGAGUGGCUGCAGUGUAUUAAUGUAACAGUCGCCCAGGCAAAGGAAAGAGAGAGCAGAGAAGCCUCAACAUACCUUUGACACAGAGUCCUACGUGUGCUCUCAAAGACCAUUUCCAUUACAGUAUUGUCCCUUUUAAAAGUCUGACCUAGUAAAAGCAUAGCAAAAUGUGGUAAAGCACAGGUAAGCAUUGUAAAUCACAGAGUUAAUUCAAUGACAAACUAUUCGACUAGGAGUCAAUGUCUUUGUCAUUAAAUCUGUUUCUGUAAAGCAGAAAAAAAUAUAAUGGUAAAGCACAGAGAGGUAUGGUAAAGCAUUCUAAAAACAUGGCAAACCAUGGCAAACUAUGGCAAAUGCAAAAAAUAACUGCGGGAACCCUGCUGAAUGACUGAUAAUUGAUACUGUUAAACUUUUAGAAGGGACGUGAUACAAGUGAAAGAACCACUCAGCUAGUAUUCUCUUUUGUUAAUAAAUAAUGUGUAAUGUGUCAAAGCCAGUUUGAUCACGGCACACUGUAAGGUUUUGAACAGUAUGGUGUUAUCACCUAGCUUAGUGAGUUUUGAGAAGCAAAAAAUUGAAUUUAACAGUUGAUUUACAAAACCACUGUGUAUUUACUGUAUGAACCCUCCAGUAAACCUUUGUAAACUGCAUUGACUUUAGAUAUGACACUUAUUAAUCUGAAUAGUUAUUAUGAGGGAAUUGAAUUACACAUAUAUUACUCCAGCAUUGAUUGUUCAUUAAAAAUGAAAAGAUCCAUGAUUCAAAAUUCAUAGAACUUUUAUGAUUCUUGAGAUAAUUGCAAUGGUACAGUUGGUGACUAAUGUUUUUGGAUAUAAUGCACGAACAGCCAACCAGAUAUACUGUAGAAAUCUCAAUUUAUUUAAUCUUAUUCUGAGGACAGUCAUAGAACAGAAUCCCUUUCCAUUUUACCUCAUAUAUUUUCUUAGUAACCUGUAACAACCUACUAUUUAGACGCACAAAGAAGUACAAAAAUUGUGUUUCUGUUAUAUUUCAGAUCAGUACGCAGAUGAGGUUUUUAAUUGUAUAUGACUGAAUUUUUGGAUAGUAGGUCUGUCUUUAAACUAAAAGGCUUUAUGUGCAACAUGGAGUAACAUUUUGGAAAUGAGUGCCUUGUAGGUUUCUAUACCGUAAGUGAUAUUAAAAAUGCAACUUUGAUACAAGUGACCUUCAUGUAUUCUGAAACCCAUGCUAUGGUCAAGGGUGAUAAAACCUGAAUGAAACUGAAUGGUGUUCACUUAGAGGCAGAAUGUUAUGAAAAAAGCAGAAAGAUAAAAUGAAGCAGCCUACAUUGGGGUGCAUGGAAAAUCAAUGACUUGUGGACGGUGAGCACAAAUUAGAUUGUCUUUCAAUAAAACAGCUUGAAAUCUGAUCAGAAAAUAAACAGUAUAAUAUAAUAAAUAAAUGAACUCAAUCUGAAAGAUGUGCAUCUGGAAGGACUCUUGUAUUAAAAAUCUCCUCGUCUCGGACAGCCUGUGCUAAGUGUCUGGAAUGCACUGGUAGACAAUGUACCAAUAAGGGAUAUUUAAAGAUUUGGACAGUCUUGAUAUACAUUAAAGUACAUAUACAUGACAAUACAUUAAAGUAGUAGUUCUCACAUUUUGGUCUGGCAGGAUGACCCUCAAUUGAAGAGGGAGAUGCAGAUGCAAAGUGGAAAUAGCAUUAGUUAGGCAGUAGUAUUUUUUAGGCUAAGGUGGCUGUGCUUCAUGCAUAGAAUGAUAUACUAAAAUAAAAAAAUACAUGCUGUGCAGAAACAACAGUUAAAUAAAAUCUUUGAUCAACUUCUUAAUAAAAAUAUCAGAAAUCCAGCAAUAACAGUGUUGGAUUGAUAUGGUAAACCGUGCCUUACAGUUAUUACAAAAAAUGUUUUUGAAUUAGUAAAUAAUAAAAAUAAAAUGAUAUGCUGGUCUGUAGAAAAAAAAUCAAACAUGGUUUUAUCUAAAGUUUCCAUCAGGUCACAGAGAGCAAAAAGGUCUAAAUAAAGCUUAUAAUGCAUAUAUUGUAAUAACCUGUACAUGUAUCAAUGCAUAGAUCCAUACAAACA